AUGGCAACAGUUUCAUUCCUCCCUCGUUCAAAUACACUAUCGUGUAGCUACCUCAAGUUUUGGGAGAAUGAUGCACGGUUGCAACUGCAAGGAGACGCAGAAGUUUUAGGUUCAGAAAUCCAAGUCACAUCUAACAGGGAAGGGAAAAACAACAGUUACAGUGUUGGACGUGUGACACCUCUUCUAACGAUGCAUCUCUGGGAUAAGAGUUCUGGGAAACUUGCAGACUUCACUACUCACUUUUCGUUCUCUGUUUAUUCAGAUGGAGUUCAUUUCGGAGAUGGGUUGGCAUUUUUCUUGGCGGAUCCUGGGCUUCCCCUUUUGAAUAACAUCACAGAAGGGGGUGGUCUUGGCCUUGUGGAUGGUGAUCGAGUGUUGAACUCAACUCAGCAGUACUCAUUUGUGGCAGUGGAGUUUGACACCUUCCAAAAUUCAUGGGAUCCAGAAGACGCAGACCCUCAUGUAGGUAUGAAUUUCAACUCUAUGAAAUCUAACAAAACUGCAUCAUGGUUUGCUGAUAUGUCACAAGACGUGGUUUAUAAUUGUAGCAUUGAGUACAAUUCCACCACUCUUAGUUUAACUGCUUCUUUCACUGGCUACAAUUACGAUAAAUAUGGUAAAAUAGAAAACAGCCUUUCGUACCAAGUUGAUUUGAGAAAGCACUUACCGGAGAGGGUUAUGGUUGGUUUCUCCGCAGCUGCGGGAUAUUAUUUCGAGGACCAUAUUCUGAAGUCAUGGUCAUUUUAUAGUUCAGACCUAGAAAUAGAAAUUGGUCAUGCUUCUGGUGAUGAUAAUACAGUAGUUGAGUGGCUAGGAAUUUGGAUGGGUCUGGUGGUUUUCUUAGGAUUGGUUUGUUUUGUGGUGUGGAGAAGGAUUAAAGGGAAGAGAGAAGUCUUGGAACUUGAUCUAAAAAUGGACGAUGAGUUCCAAAAGGGAAUAGGACCCAAGAGGUUUCGUUACAACGAACUGGAAAGUGCAACAAGUAAAUUUUCAGAGUCAGAGAAGCUUGGACAAGGUGGCUUCGGUGGCGUGUAUAAAGGUUUUCUGAAGGAUUUAAACUCCUACGUUGCAAUCAAGAGGGUAUCGAGAGAGUCAAAGCAAGGGGUUAAGGAAUAUGCUACUGAAGUUAAGGUCAUUAGCCAGUUGAGGCACAAGAAUCUGGUGCAACUCCUUGGUUGGUGCCAUAGAGAAAAAGAUCUCCUUCUUGUGUAUGAAUUCAUGCCAAAUGGAAGCUUAGAUUUCCAUUUAUAUGGGAACGGUUUCUUGACAUGGCCAGUGAGGUAUAACAUAGCUCUAGGCUUGGCUUCGGCAUUGCUAUACCUGCAAGAAGAGUGGGAGCAGUGUGUUCUUCACAGGGACAUAAAAUCAAGCAACAUAAUGUUGGAUUCAAGCUUCAACGCCAAGCUUGGUGAUUUUGGUUUGGCUAGGUUGGUGGAUCAUGAAAAGGGGUCACAAACCACGUUUAUAGCUGGGACAAGAGGGUACAUUGCACCAGAAUAUGUGACCACAGGGAAAGCUUAUAAGGAAUCUGACAUAUACAGUUUUGGGGUUGUGCUAUUGGAGAUUGCUAGUGGAAGAAAACCCAUUGAUCUAAAGGCACAGGAGGGGAAAGUAACAAUAGUAGAGUGGGUUUGGGAAAUGUAUGAAUUGGGAGAGAUUUUGAAAGUUGCAGAUCCAAAACUGUGUGGAGCAUUUGAUGAGGAACAAAUGAAAAGAUUAGUGGGUAUUGGUCUUUGGUGUGCUCAUCCAAAUUACAGAUUGAGGCCUUCUGUGAUGCAAGUUAUCCAAAUGCUUAAAUUUGAAGCUGAAUUGCCAGCUCUGCCAAAGUGGCUACCUGUGCAAAAUUUUUAUCCUUCAACAGUAAGAAUAAAUUUUUCAUCGUCUUCGAACACUUUACCUAUUACGCAGGAAAUUUUGUAG